GCUGAUUCCUUGGGAUAAAGCCUCAAAUUGCCACCCGACACAUCAGACUAUGUCCUCCAAGCAAGCUGGUCUUUUCCCUUGCAAUCCCGCGACCACUCGCGGGGAAUCGACGAGAAUCAGCUCCGACAAGGACAAGAUUGUGUACACUAAUGGAAGGACGGUCAUUAUUCGUGACUUGAAGAACCCAUCCGCAGUCAUAUCAUACGCUGGGCAUGUACAGAACGCAACAGUUGCGAGGAUCUCGCCCACAGGAUACUACUGUGCCUCCGGUGACGCAGGCGGAACAGUAAAAAUCUGGGAUCUCGUAGGCGAGGAUCGGUCGCUGAAGGGGGAGUAUAAGAUAAUUGCGGGGCGCGUCAAAGACCUUGAAUGGGAUGGGGAGAGCAAGCGCAUCAUCGCGGUCGGAGAGGGCAGAGAGAAGUACGGUCAUGCAUUUAUGUUUGACACUGGAAGCUCGACAGGAUCUAUCAUUGGCCACUCGAAGACUGUCAACGCUGUUUCUAUUCGUCAGCAGAGACCAUACCGUGCAGCCACAGCCGGCGACGACUGUAACAUUGUAUUCCACUCGGGCACACCUUACAAGUAUGAGAAGACGAUCAAGACACAUACAAAGUUCAUCCAAGAUCUCCGCUAUGCUCCAUCCGGCGACCACUUUGCCAGUGUCGGCAUGGACAUGAAGAUAUUCCUCUAUGACGGCAAGGAGGGUGAGACCAUCGCUGAACUCACUGACGGCCCCCACACCGGUUCUAUCAUGGCCCUUAGUUGGAGCUCCGACAGCAAGGAGUUCGUGACAUCUUCCGCAGACCGCACAGUCAAGCUCUGGGAUGUUGAGACCCGCAAGGCCGUGUCGACAUGGAACCUUGGGAAGGCCGUCGAGCAACAGCAAGUCGGAAAUGCCUGGACGGAAGACAGCAUCAUUGUGUCCCUCUCGUUGUCAGGAGAUCUUAAUAUCUUCGAUAAACGUGCGGGAGACAAGCCUUCGCGCGUUCUCCAUGCCCCCUCGAAGGCCAUCACGGCCCUCGCCCCUACGUCCAACUCAGGCACAUUCGUCGCAGGCCUCGCGGAUGGCCGAGUGCUCUCGUUCGAUGGCGCUGACUAUAAGGAUGCUGAGGGACCUGGUCAUAAGAAUCUCGUGGCUGGCGCGGUGUCACUGCCAGAUGGCAAGGUCGUCACUGUUGGCUACGACGACCAAGUCCGCGAGCUUGAGGGCGCCGGUUUCACCCAAGCUUCUUCUCCCACCGCCUCGCAGCCAAAGUCUGUGGCUGUUGCGGCCGACUCCACAUUAUUCGUAGUGGAAAUUGGCGUUGUCGAGGCCAUCCGGUCGAACCAGAAAGUGCACGAGCUGAAACCGAAAUAUGUACCAAGCGCUGUUGCCGCAUACGGCUCAGCCGUCGCAAUUGGCUCGGAGGAGCACAAGGUCUACUUGUAUGAUUGGGAUGGCAAGACUCUGACCGAAACCGCUGUUCUAGAGGGCAAUAGGGGUGCUGUCAGCGCCCUGGCGUUUUCAGCCGAUGGUACCCAGCUCGCUUCCGGGGAUUCUGGCGGAAAGAUCGCCCUGUUCGACGCGAAGGAGAAGAAGUUCAUCACGUCGAGAUGGUCUUUCCACAGCGGACGCAUACUCUCACUGGCUUGGACGUCCGAUGGCAAACACUGCGCAUCUGGCUCGCUCGACACGCAUGCAUAUGUGUACAGUGUCGCGAAGCCCGGAAACGCGAUCGCUAUCAAGAACGCACACGCGGGCAGUGUCAAUUCGGUCUUCUGGAUUGGGGACAAGAAGCUGGCGAGCGCGGGCGCGGAUGGCUGUGUCAGAACUUGGGAAAUUACCUUCUUCUCUUAGACUUAAGACAGUGGACCCAAUGUAUAAUAAAGGCCAGGGAGAUAUAUCAUCUGUAC